CCCCUUCCUCCAGCCCCCAAACCGCAAAACCCAGCGGCCACCACCAUGGCACCGGCCGCCAUGGCGUUCCAGGCGCUCACCUUCUCGCCCCUCCACCUCCCCGCCACGCGGCGCCGGGCCCGCGUGUUCGCCGUGGCGGCCGACCAGACCCCUCCGCCCCCGCAGGCCUCCCCCUCGGAGCCGGCGAACAGCCCGAGCCGGCUCCUCCGGGAGCUCGCGCAGCGGAAGAAGGCCGUCUCGCCCAAGAAGAAGCACCCGCCGCGGCGGUUCAUCCUCAAGCCGCCGCUCGACGACGAGCGCCUCACCCAGCGGUUCCUCAACAGCCCGCAGCUGUCGCUCAAGUCGCUGCCGCUGCUCUCCUCCUGCCUCCCCUCCUCGCCGCUCUCCGCCGCCGACCGCACCUGGAUGGACGAGUACCUCCUCGAGGCCAAGCAGGCGCUCGGCUACCCGCUCGCCCCCUCCGAGACGCUCGGCGAGGGCGACGACUGCCCCGCGCGCCACUUCGACGUCCUCCUCUACCUCGCCUUCCAGCACCUGGACCCCUCCUCCGAGCGCACGCGCACGCGCCACGUGCGGAACGGCCACUCCAGGCUGUGGUUCCUGGGCCAGUUCGUGCUGGAGCUCGCCUUCUGCGAGUUCUUCCUGCAGAGGUACCCCAGGGAGUCCCCUGGCCCGAUGCGGGAGCGGGUCUUCGCGCUCAUCGGGAAGAAGAUGCUGCCCAAAUGGAUCAAGGCGGCCAGCCUGCAUAAUUUGGUGUUUCCUUACGACGAUUUGGAUAAGAUGAUACGGAAGGACAGGGAACCGCCCACGAAGGCUGUGUUCUGGGCAUUAUUUGGAGCUAUAUAUCUGUGCUUUGGAAUGCCUGAAGUCUAUCGUGUUCUCUUUGAGGCGUUCGGGAUGGACCCUGAAGAAGAGAGCUGUCAGCCAAAACUGCGGCGUCAACUAGAAGACGUUGAUUAUGUUUCAGUGGAGUUUGAGAAGAGACAACUCGCAUGGCAAGAUGUUGCUGCCUACCGGCCACCAGCGGAUGCCCUUUUUGCUCAUCCUAGGCUUUUCCGAGCAUGUGUGCCACCAGGCAUGCAUCGUUUCAGAGGAAACAUUUGGGAUUUUGAUAAUAGACCCAAAAUCAUGAACAUCCUAGGAUACCCCUUGCCAGCGAAUGAUAAAAUUCCAGAAAUUACAGAAGCAAGGAAUAUAGAACUUGGACUUGGCCUCCAGCUGUGCUUCAUGCAUCCCUCAAAAUACAAGUUUGAGCAUCCAAGAUUUUGUUUUGAGCGUCUGGAAUAUGUUGGUCAGAAGAUCCAGGAUCUAGUAUUGGCAGAGAGGCUGCUCAUGAAGCAUCUCGACGCACCUGGCAGGUGGUUGUCAGAGAAGCAUAGGAGGUUGUUGAUGAACAAGUAUUGCGGGCGGUACCUGCGGGACAAGCACCUUCACCACUACAUUAUAUACGGGGAGACUGUACAGGACAGAUUCGAACACAACCGCCGGCUGAGAAAUCCUUCCACGACUGCUGUCCAGCAAGCGAUACACGGGCUCUCGUACUGCGUCUACGGCAAGCCUGAUGUGCGGCGCUUGAUGUUCGAGGUGUUUGACUUCGAACAGGUCCAGCCGAAAGCUGUAUGAGGAGGAUAUGCUCCGUGUCGGUUUGUGUUGAACUGAUGACCGGCGAGAUUGUCAGCGCUUGAAGGAAAAAAUGCAGGGUCGUCAAAAUCCUAGCGCGGGUCAGAUCGCGCUCUUCCGAAGCCUGAGCCCAAAGCCGGCCCGCAGAUUAAAGCAAGCACUGCCCGUCCAGCCUCUUCUGGACCCCCACAGCUCUUGUAACCUCUUGUCUUGCGUACUAGAGAUAGGCAGCUGUAUUAGAGAUGAUUAAAAUUGAACGCCGUAGUUUUUUCGAAGUUACAGUUUUGAGAGUUGACUGUAAAUUCCAGUUUGAGCAGAAACACAAACAGCUGCAGCUGCAGCAGCAGCGGGAAGAUAGAGUUAUCCGUGAGAAACAUGCUUUGUAAUGUUGUAGCCGAAAAUGUGAAUGCAACGUGUACUGCUAACGUGCAAUGCCAUUUGUCAUAUGGGUGCA